UUAAAAGGGGAAUGACCAAUUAUUACAAAAUGUUUCAAAAACUUAAUGCGUGAGUUCAGACUUGAUUAAGUUUACUUAAAACUUUAUUGGAAAAGUGUAAUGUUCUUAAUUUAAAAAGAUAUAAAGGAUAUUAAAAGUUUAAAGAAUGAGUUCAAAAAGAAAAUGUUGUGGAUGUUGGACUUUAAUUCAAAGUUUUUUAAAAAAAGGUCAAUCACGAUCUUAUGUAAGAAAUAAAUACAAUGAAAAAGAAUUCAAUGUUGAGUUUGAAAGUCUGUUAGAUGAAGAUCAUAAAUUAGAAGAGAAAGAGUUCAACACUCCAUCUCAAAAUAUAAUAACAGAUGUUGAAAAAGAUUUGUUGUUAAAAAGAAAGUUCAAUGAAUUACUCAAUCAUCAAAAUGAAUUAAAUGUUCAGCAAGAAGAACAACUAAAACAGAAAGAAGAAAAUGCACGAUUAGAAGAUGAGGCUUUUAUUCAAGCAAAAAUGGAAGCUUCUAGACGAAGUAAAGAAAAGCCAUUUGAUAAAUCUCGCUUACCAAAUAUGAAGAGUUUAAACAGUGUACAGUUUGCAAAAUGGCUUUCUGAAGAAAAUAUAGAUGUAACAAGUCCUGAUUUUGAUCUUGAAGAUUUUGAUGAUUUCCUUGAAAAAGCAAAUACGAAAUCUGCACAAAAUAAUGGAUAUGAAAAUACUUUUCAUCGAGCAUUUAAUGUUAAUGACGAAGAAAUAAAAAUUACAAAUGGAGUAAUAAAUUCGUUGCAGCCAGUCGAACUUUACGCAGUUCAAAAGAAAUCGGAAUGUACACAACAACAACAAGUUGCGCAUCAAUCGAACAAUGUUAGUUUUAAUACAUUUAUUUAUAAUAACAUGAUUUCUGACGAAAAUGGUUUAAAUGAUACGCGUCAUUUAAAUGAAUGCGUUUUCGUUGAAGAGGAAUUUGUAAUAACCUCUUCAAAUGAUUAUGAUGAGCUUAUAAAUUAAAAUUAUAUUUAUUAAAACUUCCCUAUCACAACUAUAUUUAAAAGUUCUAAGGUAAUUAAUUCUGAUUGUAAUUUGUUUUUAUUUUUGUAAAUGUAUAAAUUUUUAGUAAUUUAAAAAAUUUGUAUGC